AUGCAGCAACCCUCAAGUGCUCCCGCACCUGCCUCUUCAAGUAGCGGACCACUCCGUAGAAAUCAGGCUUGUCAUCAGUGUCGCGCCCGAAAACUGAAAUGUGACGCUGGAAGGCCGUGUUCCACCUGUAAACGAUCUCAUGCAAAGGUCGUCGCUGCCCUGACAUCUUCGGCCAGGCCGUGCUCGCGGAUCCCUGUUGUACUUACGACUAUGCGCCUGGGGAAGAUCCAUGGACUGCUACAGUCAGAAACGGUCUCGGUCUAUCUCCCCAAUAUCGCGCAGUAA